AUGCUCCCACCUCCGGUCGAGCCCCGCCCUUCCCUCUCAGCAGCACGCGCAAUAGCGCGCGCAUCAGCGCGAGCAGCGGCGGCAGCAGCGGUAGCGGCAUCACCAGAAGGGGCUGGAUCAGUGGCAGGGGCUUCGUCAGUGUCAGACUAUUCUCUCGACGGCUCUCCUGCUGCGUCUGACACGGCAUCAUCAGCAUCCCCUCCCUCCUCUCGCCCUUCCACUCCUCCUCCCCGUGCUGCUGUCCUUCCCGCCCUCCCUUCCCCGCCCUCUCCCGUGCUCUCUCCUGCCGACCUCGUUCUGAUCCAAGACGUGCGAUCAGCGCUUGAAGAUGCUGACGUGGACACGCAAGAAUGGCUGACGGACGACACAGUGCUGCGCUAUGCAGUGCCAGGCAAGCGCCACGUGGCAACAAUGGUGAACCGCAUCCGCGCCACUGCCACGUGGCGCCGCUCCUUCCACCUCCUCUCGCCGCCUGAGGUGCUCUGCUCGCCCUGGCGCCCGUUCGGCUACUGGCACGGCGCGGACGUGGACGGCAGGCCUUGUCUUGUUCUGCACAUUGGGCGGGCGACUAAGGCCAUUCCAUCUGCCUUCCAUGCCGAUUUUGUCUCCUACCUGGCGUCCCUAGUGAGCGCCGUGGCAGCAUCCCUCACCCUGGCAUGCCCUGACAGCGGGCGCAUAGCCGUCAUUCUGGACUGCCAGGGCGCGCCUGCCUUGUGGCACCUGCCGGUGGGGCUGCUGCGCGCCACCAUCACCACUCUGCACCGCAACUUCCCACACCGCAUGGCCCGCCUGCACGUGCUGCACCUGCCGUCCGCUCUGCGCCUCCUGGCUCGCGCCAUGCUGCAGCUGCUGAGCUCAACCACACGCAGCAAGAUACAGAUCAUUGGUGGAGGAUCUUCUGCCACGUCAUCACUCUCCGAUCUCUUCGGGCUCCAAGUCAGCGUGCCAGCUAGGCUGGCAGGCGGCUGCAUUUGUGCGGUGUGCUGCGAUGCAGAAGCAGAGGGAGAGACAGGGGGGGGAGGAGGGCCCAGGGUGGAGCAGAGGCAUGGGGAGAGUGGGGGAGAGGCGGGUGCUGCAGCACAGGCAGGAACGGCAGCAGAGGUAGCCAGAGGCGCAGGAGCAGGCUUAUCAGGUCCUUGUGACUCGCUUCCACUGGAGCACCCUUAUAACGGCAUGAUCGAUUCCGCCACCUGCAUAUCUUCACCCGUGCUACCCUCCACCCCUCAGCAACCCUCGCCCCAGCAGUUGCCACCGCUGCAUGCGUCACCCCAGCAGUUUUCGCCUAUGCGGCCCCGCCGCUCCCCCCUUGUCUGUGCUCUACGCUCAGACAGAGGGCGGGCAGUGUCGCAUGGGGUGGAGUGGGCAGAGAGGCGGUGGGUGAGCCGGCACGUGGUGUGGAGGAUGCUGCUGCUACUGCUCAUGGCCCUCACUCUCACCGCCCUCUGCCUCUGCUCCGCUGCUGCCAUGGGUAGCUACUCUUACUAA